CCCCGUUGGGGCCACAGCGCGGAGGUGGCAGUUGGAGGUCAGAGAUGGCAGGUCUCAGCCGGAGGAUGCUGAAGGCGGCCAUGGAGCACUAUCUCUCUGCUGGCUCCCAGACUGCAGAUGAGGUGUUGAGGCCAGAGGAGAAGCUGGGAGAGAUCAGUCACAGACAACACCUACUGGGCAUAGGACCUACCCAGCUCUUGGACAUGCCACUUGGUGCCAAGCUCCCCUUGCUCCCAGGCUCCAAUACGUUGUUCUACCGCACAAAUCUGGGUGAAAAGCUUUAUCAACCACCUAGUGGCUUUGACCUUGGUGAUCCUUACUGUCACUUAAUGACUACAAAAUACAGAAGUCUACAUGAUCCACAUUUGCGUUCCUAUUAUAAGCGAAAAAAUAAUCUACGGCGAUUAAAGAAAGGAGGUUAUGUCACCAACGACAAUAAAGUUGUGUGUACACUAAAGGAGUUCAAUGAAUACCGGCAGUAUCUGACAACCCUCAAGAUAGAGUUUGAAAAAAGUUAUAUGAGAGAACAAAAAAUGCUUGAACAACAAGUGACAAAACUACAAGAUCCCUUUCUGCUUCCUGAGGGUGCUGACACCUCUCACUUCAGAGAGUGGCUGCUCCAAGAAGAAAGAGAAAAUUUACAAGACCGAGAAAGACAGAUAAGGGACAGAUAUGUACAAAUGAUUAAUAAAGAAUUGGAAAAAAUUAAGUGUAUUGCAGAAGAAAAACGACUCCUUCGACAGGCUGAGGAAGAGAAAAAGCAACGUGAAAAAAAGAAAAAGAAACAACCUAUUCUUCAUAUAAAAAUGGAGGAGGAAUGGAAGCAAAAAGAGAUGUUACUUCUGCUGAAAAUUGGUGAGGAUGUGAAACGAGAAGCAAGAAUUGAGGAACUGCGAAGGAAGAGAAGAGAAGAGAAAGCUAAAAAGAAACGAAUAGUGCUAGAGAAAAAAAUGGCAUAUCACCUGAGAAAAUUGCAAGAACAUGCUAAUCAAAGGGUAGAAUUUGAAAGUCAUGUAAAGUGCCUGAAUACGCUGUUAUCUGAAGACCCAAGGAUUAAAAAUCAAGGCAAUGGUGCCAUGAGUCCCUCUCGUCGCUCUUCACUUCUUAACAAAGAAGAAAUUUCAAAAUCAUCACUUUCUUCAGUAACAUCUCAACCUACCUCUGAUGCUGUCAUGAGCAAGACCAGCAGCUCCUUAAAGAAAAAUGUAUACUCUGAUAUUGAUGAGAAACUUUUGGACAAAGAGCCAAGUAGGGAAUAUGAACUGGGCCAGUCCCCCUUGCCCAGAAGCAGCAGCAGCAUCAAUGACAAACUUUCUGUAUCUGCCUCUGGGGAGUAUUCCCAACAAGCAACCAGUAGCACUCUCGGUGAUCUUUCCAUCUCUGCCUCCGUGGAGCACUGCGCAGAAGCAGUCAGUAGCAGCACGAGCAAACUCCCCAUUUCGUCCUCUGGAACUAAUCUCUCUCGUCAACCUUCAGUUGAUGGAAAAAUUUGUACGAUAACUUCACUCUCUUCAGUAGUCUCUCAACAAGGCUUUGAUGAGAUUGCUAAUAACGUCACCAACGAAAAAAGAAAAUCUCUUCGGAAACAAGAAGAGCUGGAGAACACCAUGGAGCUACAGGAACAUGAUUAUCCCAGGGAAGAACACGGAAAUCACAAAGAGGGCCUAGGCCAGCCUGCCUUGCACGAAAGCAGCAGCAGCAUCAAUGACCAACUCUAUUUAUCUGCAUCUGGUGAAACCCCCCUGCAAGGAACUAGCAGCUACACUAGCAAAGUUUACACCGGCGGUCCCAGCGAGAGCAGCAGACCUGAAAACAGCAACCUUUCCGUCUCUGCCUCUGUGGAGAGCGGUGAAGAAGCAGGCAGUAGUGACGCAGGUGCGAUCCCUUCCAGUCGACCUUCACUUACUGGAAAGUCUUUCCCACAAACAUCACCAGUCUCUCAGAGCUCCGAUGAGAUGGCUAGUCACAUCACAAACAAAGCACAGUUCCAGGACGCCAUAACUGAAGAACUGAACAAUAAAAUCAAGACUGUCCUGGCACGGGUCGUGUCUGAAUUAACAAGCAUCUUAUACCCCGCAGUAACUGAGUAUGAAGAGAGCAUUAGAGAUACUGUAUAUACAAUCUCUGAAGAGUCAACACUGUCUUCAGACAGCUCUAGUAGCUGUAGCACAUGUAACGAAGAGCUCUUUGGUGCGUUUGCAAGUAUUCCAACCUCCAGUACCAGAAAAACCAUCUUUACAAAUAUAAGUAUGAAAACCACCAGUUCACCAGGAAGGACACCAUCUCCAUUGCAGUCUCAAAAAUCAUCUUUCAUGUCCCUGUCAAACAGCAUGCCAACGUCUCUAGAAAGUGAAUUUUGGAAAGAAAAUGUUCACAAGGGGAAAACAGCAACACCACCUCACUCUCGUCCUGAAAGUACUUCGAGAUUGCGCCGGAAAGUACUGCGCAUGGGAGCUGUGUCUGAGUUUCCCACAAAGACUUUCAACACAGAGAAGUUUCCUGUUGGUCAAACUUAUUUUAAACGUGAAUCAUCCAUGAAAGAUGCAGAGCCAAGAAAAGGUCUGCUUGGUGAGGAUAGUUUUUCAGACUUAAAUCGAGAUCUUCCUGAAGGAGGCAUUUUACAAAAAAUGUUUGACAAGCAAAGAGCAGCAGACACAAACGACAAUGACAAUCUGAGAAUGCUGCAGGUGGCAGAGAAUGUGGUCAAGGAAGUUUUUAGGAGAGUAAAAGAUCUAGGUGAUUCCAUCAGCCUUUUAAAGAAGGCUCCUGUUGAGCUUAGUGAAAGAUUGUUCUGCAGUAGUUUUAAGAGAACUGAGUUUCCUGAGACUUUCGAUAAAGAUUUCCAGAAAGAAAUUGGAUUAGUUGCUAGAGAGAUUGUAGCAACUGUUUUCGAUAACUUUCACAAGUGUUUGGUAUGCAGCCUCACUACAGCAUCAGAUGAAGAACCUGUCAUAAGGAGGAAAGACCAGGCCCCUGCCAGAAGAACUAGCAGAGUUUCCAAAUCAGAAAGAAAUAAGCUCUUGCAUGCUGAAUCAUCUGCUUAUGACCCAACAUUUUCUUUGUUUACUGUUGAUAAAAUAGCCAAAGAGGCUGUCGAAAGUGUUGUGUUCACACUAGAGUCAUUUGUAGCCUUUCAGUUUAAACAGGACUUUAAAUGUAAAUUCUCUGAAAUAGUGAAAUUCCCGGUUGAAAACAUUCCUAGCGCACAACAGACACCAUUCUUAAGGCCUCUCUCAUCUCAGAUAGCACAUGAAAUAGAAGCCUCAUCUAAAACAUUUGAACGUGAAAUGCCAGGAGUUACAAGUAAAAGAAUGUUAGACCAAUCGCAGAGUUCGUCGGAUGUAUCAAGUGUAAGCAGUAUGAUUACAAAGGAAAGCAUAGAGAAUGCUAUUGGCCAAGUGCAAAGUUUCCAUUCAGAACUGAACAUUUACGCCACAAUGGCUGUUAAUAAUGUCCUGGACAUCUUCAAGCGGAAGCUAGAAAAAGAAAUCAGCCAAAGACAAACUGUCCCAUUUUAUGACGACUCCGAAGAAAACACAAUGGCAGGUGAGAUCAUCGGUGCUGUAUUAGAUCAAUGCGCUCAGCGUCAAACUGAAGUUACUUUGGAGCAGAAAUUUGGGACUCUUGAAAUGGAAAAAUCUGGACGAGCUUUUAGAAAUAGUAAAACUCUCAGUCAAGGUAUUGCAGCAUCUGAAGGAAUAAAACUGCCUGCUAGAAAAUUAAAAGAAAUUAAAAGAAAAGAAAUUGAUCUAAGGGGAAACUUUCCACCUAUCAAUGUUCCUGGAAUGGUGAUUUAUUCUGAGGAAGAAACUGAAGUGGAAGAGGAUAUUCCAUCUCAUCUCUGUCCAACAAUCCAUAAGUGCUCAGAACAGGAUGCUUAUACAACAGAGGUGACCAAAAAGUCUACUUACUACAUAUCAGCUCCCACAAGAGCUUCUAGACCAUCGCUGGGAACAAUAACUAAACAAAGGGCAAUUAGCUCCCGGAUGACCCUACCCCCUAUUGGUAAGCAGUUUUCAAGAAAACCCUUCUCUCCCCUGGUCACAAUAAAAUGUCCCAGAGAUGAAGCAAAGCAUAGGCAGGUAUAUGAAGGACAUUGUGAGUUCAUGCCAGCACAUGAAACCAAGUGUCAGCCAUCACAAUCACUGGAUGAUGCGUUACCUGCAAAAGGAGUUGAAGAAAUAAUAAGCAGAGUGGUGACUACAGUCUUAAACUCAGUUUGCAGCACAAGCCUGGAAUACACAAAAAGUUUAUCGAAAACGGAAGUGAAUGAGAUUACGGAAACACUUAAACAGUCGGUAGAAAAAAUAAUGUCCACGAAUAAAAUCAGUCUUGUUGGAGCUGCAGAUGAAGAUCAAGAUUUAAGUCCAGAGCAUGGAGAUACUGUCACUCACGUGGUUGACAACAUUUACAGUAAUGUCUUGCAAGAAUCUGGAUCUCAGACAGCCCUUGAUCAGGAUGUGACAAGUUCCAGAACAAUUUUUCCUGAGCAAACAGAUAGUAUAGUACUUCAUGAAAUCUCCAGUGCCCAUCUAUUAGAUUAUUUUACUGAAAACCUCAGUGCUACAGAGCUUGACAGUACUGCUGGCAAAGAUCUUUUACCAGUCUCCAUUCAGAUAAAUAUUGAUUCCGGAAGUUCUGGAGAGUCAAUGAGAGUUGAAAAUGAAAAUAAUAAUGCAGUAGAAACCGUGCUGCAAGUGGAAGAACUACCAAUUGAAAUAGUCCCUUAUAUUGGAGACAAACCAUUAGAGGUAGAUCCAAACCUUAUUGCAGACCAUUUAGCCGUUAUUUCCAUAAAAACAGACGCUAUUGAGAAACUGAAUGAAAUACGCCAAAGUCACUCUAGAAUGCAACUGCUAGAUCUAAGAAGACCAUCCAUAUCUAAGCACAGUUUGCUAAGUUCAGGUACUGAUAGUGAUAUAGAGAGGAAGAGAGAAAGACGCUCCUCCGUGAAUGCUUUAGGACGACUAGACGUCAAACCAAAGGAAGUUGUUUGCAGAAAUUCAUUUCAGAACCUGAAGAAACCUGACGUCUCCAGGGUGGAACUUCUAAAGGAUGUCAAGAGCAAGGAUGACCUGAUCCUACGACUCGUCACCUAUGAUAUUGAACAUGAUCAGGAAGAGGAUAUUGAAAAAGUCGUAAACGUUGACUCUGCGUUUGUUUUUGAGAGCGAGUCAGAUACAGGAAUGGAAGAGGAAGUCACAUCUUUUCACAAGAGUAACCCCAUAGCUAGUACACAGGAUAAUUUAACCAAUUCCCAAGGCCCUGAGAAAGUGAAUCAAUACAAGAUUACGGAAGAAACUAACUUGUCUGUCCCUAAAUUGAAAGUGACUUUGGCCAGCUUCCCCUUGGACACAGACCUGCUGUCCGCUCUAAGAAAGGACAGCCUGCAUUUAAGUGAGAGUGUUGCAGAAACAUGCCCAGUGCCUGAAACUCAGGACAAAGACCAGCGAGUGAACAUGCUCCAAGCUCACACUAAAGACACGUCAAGGACCACCAAGUGUACCUUCCUCUCCGAAGAUGCUGGAAAUAAAGACUCCUCGUUACAAGAGAAAACAGGAGUUGCUGAUCUUUCAGAUGCCACAGUUCCUAGGCAAGGGAGUUCAAUGUCCAAGAAAGUUCCUGGUGUCCUGUCCACAAUUUUCUCACAAGGAAGCAGCUCAAGUGACAUUUCAACACCAGACCCAGGGAACCCUUAGAAAAUUCCUACCAGAUGCAAAGCAUGUAUAUCAGAGAGAAUAAAUCGUGUAUUAUGCCAUGUGGGUGUCGGUCAGUUGCAUUAGUGAUUUAUUUAUAUCUCAUGGGGUUAAACAAAACCUAACAGAAAAGAGAAAAAUGUGGGGAAACCAAAGGCCAAGUGAGUUGUUCUUUUAACAGGAAAGUGAUGUCACACAGCCCAGCUGCCGUCCAGCCUUACAGACAGCUGGGCACAGCUGGGCACAUUGUCAGGGAGCCCAUCAGACAGAUCAAGAUCCUCUUUCAGAGCAGCAGCAAACUUCCUGUUCCAUUCUUGGGUGACCAUGGCCCCAGGCUGUGGGAGUGAUCUUCACUCCUCUGGAAGGAACAUGGCACAUUCAGCUGCGUUGGUAACCAUAACGCUUUGUGGCUCCUGCAUCCGAGGGAAGGGCCUCGCGUAGCCGUGUUUGCCACGAUGCGUUCUGGUUUCCUGUGUCCCAGACAGCCAGGCUGUAGCUGGGGGAAUUACACAGCCCUGAUGUCAUCUGUUUAUCAGAGGUGCAGGCCCUGUCAGAAUCUCUUUUGAACCCCCCAUAUCCCCAGGUCUCAGGCACAAAGUUAAGAUCAUGUGACCAAAGGGAAUUUAAACAACCCUUUUCUUUUAACAAGGGGCAGAUAAUACUCUGGUUGUCUCCCAGUGAAUGG